GGACCCCAAGGAGUCCGUCCUCAACACCUUCAAGCUCUUCGGCCCCACGAGCACCGUGAACAAGGACAAGUUUAAGCAGCUCCUCCUGACCCAGGCGGGUAAGUUCUCCCCGGGGGAAGUGAGGCAGCUGCCCUGGUUGUCACUGUCACCAUCACUGGACCCUGCCCACCCUGUCCCCUCGUGUAGAGUAGUUAACGGUGACGGGAACAUCGACUACAAGUCCCUGUGCUACAUCAUCACCCAUGGGGACAAGAAGGACGACUGA